AAUGAAAACCGAUUGCUUGCUCGUUCAACGGCAAAAAAGAGAGAAGAAAAGAGGCCAUGGUGGCUUCAUCCCCUCACCAAAUCCACAGCCCCCCGGCUCUGACUCAACCCCGUUCGCCCAUAAGUAAAGCCACCCUCUCUCUCUAGCCGGCUAGCCCGCGCUCUCCCCCUCUCCGCGGCACGCACCAUCACUCCAUCAGACGACCCACGUACCACGUACCAGGAGGCAAGAGGAAGGAGGGAGGGCCCAGCGAAGCGACCGAAGCUGCACGCGGGCGCCAUGUCACUCCCCGGCCGCCGCAAGUCGUCGCUGGCCGGCGCCGGCGGGGGUGCGGGCGCCGGGCCGUUCGACACGCUCGGCGCGAAGCACGGCGCGCCGCGCAAGGGCGGGCGGCUGCCGGUGUACGUGGCGGGCGUCUUCUUCGUCGUCUUCGUCAUCGUCAUGUACGGCGAGGACAUCCGGUCCGUCACCCUCGAGCCGUUUGCCCGCGGCGUCGGGCCCGUCAGGCAGCAGGCGGUCGUCGUCUCGGACGCCGGCCGCGCCGCCGCCACCCCGCGGCGGGACGUGCUCUCUUCUUCCUCCACGGGGAAGAAGACCGUCGCCCCCCGGCGCGACGUGAUCGCUUCUCCGGAGAGGCCCGUCCCCGUGGCGCUGCCGCGCGACGACGGAAGAGAGAGGCCGGGGCACGCCGCGGCGAAGACAGAGACGGCGCCCGAGCGGGCGAUCCGGAAGGUCACCGCCCCCAAGGUGAAGAAGCCGAAGAAAGCGAAGAGGCCGAGGCGGCUGCGGCCGGCGAGGAAGACGGUGGCGGCGGGGGUCGUGCUGGGGUCGCCGGAGACGUGCGACCUGUCCAAGGGCGAGUGGGUGUUCGACAACGCGAGCUACCCGCUGUACCGCGAGGAGGAGUGCUCGUUCCUGACGUCGCAGGUGACGUGCAUGAAGAACGGCCGCCGCGACGACAACUACCAGAAGUGGCGGUGGCAGCCCAAGGACUGCGACAUGCCCAGGUUCGACGCGAAGGUUUUCAUGGAGAGGCUCCGGAACAAGCGGUUCAUGUUCGUGGGGGACUCGCUGAACCGGAACCAGUGGGAGUCGAUGGUGUGCCUGGUGCAGUCGGCCGUGUCGCCGGACAAGAAGUACGUCACCUGGGAGGACCAGCGGGUCGUCUUCCACGCCUGGGAGUUCAACGCGACGGUGGAGUUCUACUGGUCGCCGUUCCUGGUGGAGUCCAACUCGGACAACCCCAAGAUCCACAGCAUCCCGACCCGGAUCAUCGACGCGGGGGCCAUCGCGGCGCACGCCCAGAACUGGCGCAACGCCGACUACCUCGUCUUCAACACCUACAUCUGGUGGAUGAACACCCUCAACAUGAAACUCAAGAGGCCGGGCGGGCGGGACUGGGAGGACCAUGAGGAGGUGGUGAGGAUCGAGGCGUACCGGAAGGUUCUCAGCACCUGGGCCGGCUGGGUGAACGACAACAUCGACCCGGCGCGCACGUCCGUCUUCUUCAUGAGCAUGUCCCCUCUUCACCUCAGCCCGCAGGUGUGGGGAAACCCUAACGGGAUCCGGUGCGCGAAGGAGACGAUGCCGCUGGUGAACUGGCGCGGGCCGAUAUGGCUGGGCACGGACUGGGACAUGUUCAAGGUGGCGUCCAACAUCACCCGGGCGGCGGCGCCGCGGGUGCCCAUCACCUUCGUGGACAUCACCACCAUGUCGGAGCGGCGCAAGGACGGGCACACCUCCGUGCACACCAUCCGGCAGGGCCAGAUCCUCACGCCGGAGCAGCAGGCCGACCCCGGCACCUACGCCGACUGCAUCCACUGGUGCCUCCCCGGCGUGCCCGACAUCUGGAACAGCUUGCUCUACACCAGGAUCAUGUCCAGGCCGGACGCCGCCACGGCUGCUCUCACGGCCAGAUAGAUAGAUACAUGUUGGGAAUUUCUGUCGAUUCGAAAAGUUCUUUCUUCUUCUUCUUCUUCUUCUUUUUUCUUUACAUUCUUUCUGGCCUGUUUAGUUUUUACGUGUCAAAUACGCCAGCUUUGUUUUCUUUCUUCUUUCGUUGGGGGUAGGUUAAGUAAGUGGAAAGAGAUUAAUUAUAUAAGGUGAUACAUGGCUCGUGGCCUGCCAUGUGCGUGCACAUAUGCGCUGUAAGGGGGAGGUUCCUGCUCAAACUGUAAAUUCUGAAGUCAAAGAGAUGAACAGAACAGAUGGUUUAUAGAGAAA